AUGGUCAAGCUCACCGAGGUCGAGGACGAGCACUUCAACCAGCAGAAGCCCGCCCCUAGCAAGAACGAUGCUCUCCUAGUCUCCGACGACGAGGAGGACUACACCGACACUGAAUCGGAAAUCUCCAACGAUGAGGACGCCGAGCUCGACACCGAGUCGCUGUUGGACCGCGUCUCGGCCCUGAAAGACAUGAUCCCGCCCUCCGCCCGCCGCACCGUCACCAGCUCCGUCUCUUCGCUCACAUCCUUCACCAAGGCCAGCCUGUCGUUCAGCGGCAAGGCUCUGUGGGUCAUCAGCACCAGUGCAUUCCUCAUCGGUGUCCCCUGGGCGUUGGCUUACGCCGAGGAGGAGCAAUAUAUCCAGAUGGAGCGGGAGCAGGGUAUGAUCAAGGGAGCAAACGAGAUGCUCGCCCCCGGCUCCGAACCGGAGCAGAAGGAGGCUCAACCCACCCUAUAA